UGCCAGUGCAAGAAAUAUUAUGUGAGAGGGGAGACGAGAUGAGAUGGCCUCAGGCUAGCUACCACACUAGGAGGAGACUACUAGCAAGCACCAGCAGGGCACAAGCAGCUACUGCAACUGCCACUGCAGCUGCAUGCAUUUGUACUUGGUGGUGAGAGUAAGGGAGCUUUAAGCUUAGUCGUCCCCCUCGGCUCUUACAUGCAUGGUCCCCUUCCCGGCUCGCCUCCUCGGCUCCGCUCCUCUCCGACCUUAAAACCGCACCAACUCGUACCCAACUUCUCGAGCUCACACACAGAGCAAGCUCGUCGCCACAGAACCUACGACGUAGCUAGCUAGGUAGAAUUCUUCGUUUAGCAGCCUGCCAUGGCGAAACCGCAGGACGUGCGCAGCGUCGACUCGUUCUCGCAGCUGCCGUUCAUCCGGCCGGCCCCCGCGCCGUCGCCGCAGCAGCCGCGGGACACCAUCCGGCUGUUCGGCUGCGAGUUCCCCAACGACCAGGUGCAGGGCGCCAAGGAGGCCGCGGCCGACUCCCCAGACGCGGCCAACGGCAGCACGGUCACGUCAGAGAGCAACGCCAAGAGCGGCGGCAGCAGGGCCGCGGCGACGGCGGAGAGGAAGUUCGAGUGCCACUACUGCUGCCGCAACUUCCCGACGUCGCAGGCGCUGGGCGGGCACCAGAACGCGCAUAAGCGCGAGCGCCAGCAAGCCAAGCGGGCCCACCUCCAGGCCUCCCUCGCCAUGCACCGCUACGUGCCCGGCAACACGUACGGCCUCUUCAACCACCACCACCACCUCGGCCUCUUCGACCAGCCGACGCCGCUGCUGCCCCCACCGCCUGCGCACUACCCGAUGUGGACGAGCGCCAGCCCGGGACCCUACGGCGGCGGGCCAAACUCCAUGUCGCAGCCUAUUAACGGUAGCCCGGUGCCGGGGCUAUGGAGGAUGCCGCCGCCGAUGGAGACUUUCGGCGUGGCCAGCCGGCACGGCGCUGAAACGGCCAUGGUGGUGGGGCCAGCAGGGGAGCUAACAUGCAAGGACGAGAAGGCGAUGAUGAGCUUGCUGUCCUCCUCGCCCUCGCUGUCGUCGUGCUCAUCCACGUCGCCGGAAAAGCUAGGUAGGUGUGAAUUGGAGAAGAAAGAGAGUGUUAGCUUGGACCUCCAUUUGUAAUUUUUGUUUAGGUUUCUUCUUAUGGAUUAGCAGUUGCAAGCGCAUGUUAAUUCUCAUAGUUUAAAUAAUCUUUAUUUUUUGCCGUCGGAAAUCCAAGUUAAUUAGAGCUAGCUAGCUUGUGGCCCUUUACUAAGUGAAGAUCAGAAAGAACUUCACUUGCAAGAAGAAGAGAAAAUAUUCAAGAA